CAUGGCAGCUCCCGACGCAACCACAUCUGUACAACCUUGCCUUGAUACCCGACUGCACUAAACACCGUGCAAGGAGGAUAAGGAACUAAUUACCACAUUUGCACAUUGACCCUACCUUCCAGUCGAUACAUACGGCCAAUAGCUACGGCCAAGUCGCGAUAAUAAUCUUGUCUUUGAUUAAUCGGCUUGUUCUCGAUCCUAUCGCAGAGCGCGUCGAACAUAUAACUCUUCGUUUUGAGCUCUCGCUUCUCGCGGUCGGGAAAGGCGCACGCACACGAUCGAAUACGCCGCCUGCCUGCGCGUCUCGGAAUCUCACUUAGUACGACCGCCCAACAUCUGUGUUGGAUUCAAAAAACCUGCCCUAUAUACGUAUCUUUCGCCAACUGCGGUCAAAUUGUACAUCUAGCCCGCCGAGAUGAACCAGCAAGGCGCUCAGCCUGCCCAGGCCGGCGCGAGCCAGCCGGCGGGAAAUGCCAGUGCUGGCCCAAUGUUUAGGCCCGAGGCGAUGCGCACCAUCUCGAUCCUGAGCGCCGAGGACCGGGACAAGUACGAACAGGGUCUUCGACAGCUAUGGACCGUGUAUGAGAAGGAACCAGAGGGUUCGCCGGCCAAGCUGCAGGCCCACAAGAAGAUUCAGAACUUCGGCAUAGUGCUCACCAAUAAGAUUCGCGAUACCAUGAGAAGGAACCAGCAGGGUCAACAACCAACGCAGCCAGGCCAGCAGCCUGGCCAACAACCGCAGCAGCAGCCAACACAACAGCCUCAGCAACAACAGCAGCAGGCACAACCACAGCAGCAGCAGCAGCAACAGGCACAGCCUCAGCAACAGCCUGCACAGCCGCAGCAGACCUCGCCCAACAUGACCAGGGCACCAGCUCCGCAGCAGCCGGCAGCGGGUGCUCAGGGCGGCGCCCCUGGGGCAGCUGGCGCCCCGGCAGCACCCAACUCAGGGGGCGCUCCAGCACAGGUGCCAGCAGGUGCGAACCAGGUUCGCAUUCCGGAUCAUAUCAUGGCACAUAUCAACAAAAUGAUUUGGCAUGUACCGAACAACGUCAGUGAGCAAGACGCACCUAAAUGGAGGGAUGGCUCUAAGCGGCGAUACGCCAAUGCCUUGAUGCAGAUGGAAGCGGCUGCUACAACACUGAAGAAAAUCGACCAGCUUUACAAGGAGAGAAAAGAGAAGAACCAGCCCAUCACACCAGAGGAGCAGAAGCUCUUCCAGGAGCGCAGGGAGAAGGCUCAGACCACCUACAGAGAUACCAGCCGCUAUGUAGACGGUAUACGGAAAGCACAGGCCGAAAUGAAUACACAAAGGACAGCCGGUGCACAGCCGGGUAAUGCGCAGGCAGGCGCAAGCGCCGCUUCCCCGGCAGGUGGACAAGCAGCCUCAACCCCUGCACCUCAGACAGCAACUCCUGCCGCCGCUCCCAGGCCACAACAGGCCCAACCUCAGCCGCAAACUCAACCCCAACCUGUCCAGCAAACACAACCCCAACCUGUCCAGCAGCAGCCGACUCAGCCUACUGCGCAGCCUGGCGGUCUUGCCAUGCAAAAUGUCCAGGCUAACAUCAAUGGUGCGUUCGAGGCCGCGAAGAACCAGCAGAUGACUGGGAUGGGCCGAGGCCAAGCACCGGGAGCUUUGGGACAAGCAGCGCAGCCCGGACCUCAAGCUCAGGCCGGUGCGAAUGUUGCACCAGCUGCCGGCUCCCCCAUGGUGCAGCAGCCUCCAGGCCCAGUUGGGGCGCAGCAGCCGACUAUCAAGCCGGAGCCGGGAACGCAGCAGCACCAGGCUCAGAUUCAACAGCAGCAAUUUCAACAGCAGCAACAACAACAAUUCCAGCAGCAGCAGCAGCAGCAGCAGCAGCUUCAACAUCAGCAGCAUCAGGGUCAAAUGAACACGCCGAUUACAGCCGCUCAUACUGCUGGUCGUGUACAAACACCACAAUCUGGCACUCCCACUACUACUACUGCUCCGCCGCCGCAGGCCUUCUCACACGCGGCAGCUGUCAGCGCCAUCACCCAGCGCCAAAACUCAGGCCCGAUUCAAACCAUCUCCCAGCAACAGCAAGCUCAGCAGCAAUCGCAGAGGCCCAACGCCAACGGUACAGUUGUAAACAACGCGGGCACCCCAACUCCUAUGAGUGCUGGCGGAGUAAUGGCAUCAGCUCCACCGCCAAAUCAGAUUCAACAACAGCACCAGCAAGCCCACCCGCAACAUCAACCAAACGGCACCGUUAUCCCGACCGGCCAUCCUCAUGCACAUCCAGGCCAACAACAAAUCCAGCAGCGUGAGAGUCACACAAUGGUUCCCCGCAACCCUAUCGCUAAGAGCUUGCCAGAGAAGGCACAGCAGACACCGCAGCCAGUCGCAAUGACAGGUGGGCUUGGUCCGGGCCGACCGACUAUGACAGGCGGCCUGUCCACUCCCGGUGGCGUUAUGAACCAGCCGGUGAUUGCUAGGCAUCCUCCUGGAACUAUCGUGACGGAAAACGACGGUGAUCGUGUCCUCAGUAAGAAGAAGCUGGAUGAGCUCGUACGACAGGUCUGUGGUGGCACUGCCGAGGGCCUAGAUGGAAACUUGCUCACGCCCGAGGUCGAGGAGUCCGUUCUCACUUUGGCAGACUCGUUUGUCGAUAAUGUGCUACACUCGGCCUGCCGCAACGCUAAAGAGCGCGGAUCCAAAGUUCUCGAGAUUCGCGAUAUUCAGCUCGUGCUGGAGCGCACAUACAACAUUCGCAUCCCGGGAUACUCGGCCGACGAGCUCAGGACAGUUCGCAAGGUACAGCCCUCUGCGGCCUGGAUCUCGAAGAUGAGCGCCGUUCAAGCUGCCAAGGUGAUGCCUGGCAAGGACGGCUUGUGAAGAAACUAGUGUUUUUUCUCAUUCUUUUACACCGUAUUCAUCUUCUACAAACAGGGGCUCUUUUUUCUUCUUCUUUUUUCUGCAAGCCCUUAGGAGUAAUAGUACAUGCCUACAGGAAAACAUGGCGUUUGGAACUGGACCGGAGGCACAAGAUUAGGAGUUGGCUGUUUUUAAAUUUUAUUUCGGUUUGACUAGGGCUUGGUUGUAAUCGGAGAUCGAACAAGUCUACGUAUAUUAUAUUGGCGCCGAGACCCUUGAUACAACGCAGCAAUACAGUGUCGAUUGUUUUAUUUUCCAAUCGUUCGUUAGCAGCAAGUAAAUUUGAACUUGGAGACUUCAAUCAUG